AUGCCUUCGCCUACUUCGAAUGAAAAUGAAAGUCCUGAUGAAGAAUCUGAUCCUGCAUCGUCGGAAGAUGUUUUUAAAAUUUUAAUUACAACAGAUAAUCAUCUUGGUUUUGCCGAACGAGAUGAUGAACGUGCUAGUGAUUCUUUAAUAGCAUUUGAAGAAUGUCUUCAAAUAGCACGUGAUGAAAAUGUUGAUUUUAUUUUACUUGGUGGCGAUUUAUUUCAUGAUAAUAAACCAUCAAAUCAUAUUCUACUUGAAUGUAUUAAUUUAUUAAGAAAAUAUUGUCUUGGAGAUAAAACCAUUGGAUUUAAAUUGAUCAGCGAUGAGAAAAUUAAUUUUUCUUCAACUGUUCAAUCAAAUCCAUUUCCAUGGGCUAAUUUUAAAGAUCCAAAUUUAAAUGUUAGUACCCCAGUAUUUUCUAUUCAUGGAAAUCAUGAUGAUCCAGCAGGCUCAACACCACUUUGUCCACUUGAUCUACUUAAUUCAUGUGGUUUAGUUAACUAUUUUGGAAAUUUAUCAUCGCUAGAAAAUAUUGAUAUUCAUCCAUUACUUUUUCGUAAAGGAGAAACAAAUCUAGCUAUUUAUGGUUUAGGUUCUAUACGUGAUGAACGUUUACAUAGAAUAUUUCUGAAAAAUCAAAUCAAUCUACUUCGACCAACAAAUAAUCCUGAUGAUUGGUUUAAUAUAUUUGUUAUACAUCAAAAUCGUGUUGCACAUGGUCCAAAAAAUUAUAUUCCAGAGCAAUUUUUACAUGAAUUUCUCGAUAUUGUUAUAUGGGGUCAUGAACAUGAUUGUAGAAUUACACCGGAAUUUAAUACUGUACAGAAAUUUUUUGUUAUUCAACCUGGUAGUACAGUCGCAACAUCUUUAAGUGAAGGGGAACAAUUACAAAAACAUGCUGGUAUUCUUCAUGUUUAUAAAAAAACAUUUAAAAUGCACCGACGACCAUUACAAACAGUUCGACAGUUUUAUUUUCUUGAUAUUCAAUUAACUGAUCAUAUUGAUGAAAAAGCACUUAAAACACUAUCAAAUGCUAAACUUGAACAAAAACUUGAUAAAAUUUUAACUGAUACAAUAAAUGAAUUACUUUUACGUGCUCAAAACGAACAUAGUGGUCAUCCAAAACAACCAAAAAAGCCUUUAAUACGUCUUCGUGUUGAUUAUACUGGUUUUGAUAUAUUUGAUUCAUUUAAUGAUAUUCGUUUUGUUCAAAAGUUUUCCGAUCAAGUUGCUAAUCCAAAAACCAUGAUUAAUUUACAUAAAAAGCGUGAAAGUAAUGCUUUCAAAACGAAUGAAAUCAAACUUGAUCCUAAUGCUAUUAAAAUAUCCAAUGAACAAUUUCAUCAAGCACAACGUGUUGAAGAUUCUAUUCAAGCAUAUUUUGAAUCGGCCUCAGAAGCCAAUCGUUUACGUUUACUUGAUGAAAAAUCAAUGUUAGCAGCAUUGACUGAAUUCAUUGAUAAAGAUGAAGUUUAUGCAUUGAGUACAAUGGUUGAAGCACAAAUCGAACAGAGUCAAAAAUUUCUUUCCAGUAAUAUAUAUAAUGAUGAUGUAGCUGCUCUUGAAGAUGAACUGAAGCGUUUUAAAGCCUUGCAAAAUGUUGAUGAUGAAGAAGCCAUAAAACGAAGAAAGGAUCUAUUAGUUAUUGCUCGACAAGAACGUAUUAAAGCGUACGGUGACAAAUCGAGUGACGAUGAAAUUAUGGUAACACAAUCGAUUGGUAUUAGUAAUGACAAUAGUGAUGAUGACGAUGGUGACGAUGAUUUUGAUCAAAGUUCAAUGAGAUCAACACAAAAACGAACACAACCAUCAUUAUCAACAGCACGUGGGGCUACUCGUGGUCGUGGUCGAGGUAGAGCAAAAGCCACACCAACGAAAGCUCCUCGUGGUAAAAAGAAACCAUUUUAA